CACGCCUCUUCCGAUUGAAGAAAAGAGCGUGGAAAGGCUAACGACUCAAAGGGAGGUUUUAUUUUACACUCCGGCGGACCUCGGCCGCUUUCGGGGCGCUCAGUAUGGUCAAGUGUGUUGUUUCCGGAUGUCCGAACCGCCUGCUCAACGGUCACCGGGGCGUGUUGAGCCGACCUCCGAAGAGAUUCUUCCCGUUCCCCAAAGACCUGGCGCGGGUCAAGGUAUGGCUGGCUGCGUUGCGAGAGACGGACAACCAGGAAGCGGCAGAGCAGCAGUUGAUCUGCGAGGAGCACUUCCUGCCGGAGGACAUUACGGACAGCGGCGUCAACAGCGACGCCAUUCCCAUCAUGCCCCCGUACCUGGACGGACCUCUCGGGGGCAUCAGCCCCUGGGGGGCCGAGUCAUCGGAGGAGGAUGACCAGUGGGGCACCGUCGGUGCUGGUGAGGAUGAAGAGGAGGAGGAGGAAGAAGAUAUGGAGGAAGAUGGAAGUGGCGCUCCUGUGGGACCUCCUUCUCCACAACCUAUUCAGCAGGUUCCGAGUGAAACUCAGCACGUUCCUCCAAAGGUGACGACAUCAAGUGUGGAUCUUCAAUCUCAAAAGGAUCUUCAGACAAAGACGCCAUGCAGAAACGCCGUCCCAUUUCCAGACGUGUCACUGGCAUUGCUGACCCGGCGUCUCCUGGAGCUCCUGCUGGUGUCUCCGGACAGUUGGCUGGACAUCCACCAGGCGGCCAGCAGGCUGCAGACCCGCAAGUGUCACGUCUACGACAUUGUCGCCAUGCUGGAGGGCAUCAGUGUCGUCCAAAGGAGAUCCCGGGGGGUCAAGUGGAUAGGCCAGUGUCCAAUUUCCCACUUUCUCUGGAAGACUGAGGAGAGGUUCCGGAAGGAACUGGAGAACCUGAAACUGGAGGAGAGCACGCUGGACAUCCUCAUCAAAAACUGCGCACAGCAACUCUUCGACAUGACGGACAAUGAAGAAAACGCAACGGUGGCCUACAUCACGCACGAGGACGUCAGCCAGGUGGACGCCUUUCAGGAGCAAACAGUCAUCGUUGUCAAAGCGCCGGAGGAAACCAAGCUGGAAGUCCCGACGCCCACACAGGACAACAUCAAGGUCCACCUGAAAGGCGGCAAUGGUCCCAUCAUGGUGAUGACUUGCGAUCUGGGCACAGGGGACGUGCCAGUUAAGGAGGAGAUGAGCGGCUGCUUCAUGACGCUGGAGGAGAGUCGCAUACAGAUACAAACUUUGCACACGCGUAAGACCGUCUAGUAGAAGAGGAAUCUUUGGGCAUUCUGGAUAUUCAAGGAUGAACGCGCCAAAUUUGUUACUUUUGUAAACAAACAUUCACCUCUAAAGAUUGAAAAAAGGCUCUGAGAGCGACACUGGUGGUUUUACUUUCACGGUUUGUGUUGUGGAACUUUACUGUGA